UUAAAUUAAGAUUGCACUGGAAUUUGAUCGGACAGUUCAAUCAAUGUGCGAAUUCCUUUUCCAAAGGGAUCACAGAUUGCAGAAUAAUGAACGAAGUAAAGAUUCCACAGUCCAAUCAUCGAAGACCGUCAGAUUCGGAUCUGACGGUCCACAAGACGCAAAACAAAAAAUAAGAGACUCCCCAUAACUCACCACGAUACCAUUUUGGCCCUCCAUUUUCUUACCGUUGCAGCUCAUGGCCCCACCACUUUCGCCCGUUAAAACAUUCAAAUAUCCAAUGCUCACACACUCUCACUCUCCCUCCAACGGCUCUCUCCCCUGCUCUGUUUUCCCCCCAAACCUCUGUUCUUUCUCGCAAUCUAAGCCCAGAAAGAGCUAGCUUCAGCUUCCAUGGAUUCAACGCCGCCCUCUCACCGAUCCGAGCCCAGGUCCAGGCUCAAAUCCGCCUCUCGCCUAGCUCGGCUAGCCCAUUUCGACCGCGAAAGCGAGGACUCCAUCCGACUCUCCAUCGAUUUAGUCUCUUCUCCAAAAAUCACCAACCAAUCACCCUCUCCGAGGCCUCAAACUUCUCUUCCCCUUCACGAGCUUCUUCUCCUCUCGCCUUCGCAUCUUCGAAGAUCAAAAACCCGGGUAACUGAGGCGGGUGAGGAGGCAGUUGAGCCAGCUGGGUCUCGCCGGCGAUGCAAGAACAGGAACGGGUCGAUUUGCGCUUCGCCGAGGAACGUCCGGCGGUCGCGCCGGAGGCUGGAGACAGAGGCUCGAGAGGAGAGGGAUUUGGGGAUGGUGGAAGAGAUGGGGAAGGUUAGAAAAAGGCGGCAUAGUGGUCGGUCCAAGAAGGAGAGGCUCAGCUUGGUGCCUUCGGUUGCACCUCCAAAAACGAGUGAUGGUGAUCAGUGUAAUCUGGAUAAAAUUCGACAGCUGACUAGUGAUCUGAUCAUGUGGAAUGAUGUUGCGAAAUCGAGCCUUUGGUUUGGUUUCGGUUCACUCUGUUUCCUGUCUUCUUGUUUUGCUAGAGAAAUUAACUUCAGCAUCUUCUCCUGCAUGUCCCAAUUGGGCCUGUUGCUUUUAGGGUUGUCAUUCUUCUCCAAUUCAAUCUGUCAAAGGGGAAAUGUGGAACAAAAGCGUGAAUUCAAGCUGAAAGAAGACGACAUAUUGCGAGCUGCCACAGUGAUACUGCCAACACUAAACCUUGCAAUCUCCAAAACAAGACAACUAUUUUCUGGGGAACCAUCCAUGACCCUCAAAGUACAGCCAAAAAACCCUUUCGCUUCCAGUUCAAAUCUAGUUCUUCAAAUUGCAAGGACAAUAGCUCAAAUUUUAACCUCUUCUGGGUUUCAGGUCACUCCAUUUCUCCUUUUGGGAGCUGAAUACGGUCAUCUCUUGACCCUGAAGAGACUCUGUGCACUCGGGUUUUUUGUAAGCUUCACUGGCCCAAAACUUUAUUCCUGUUACUGUGUUCAGAUCAAUAGUAGAGUCGAGGGCUUGAUAAGGAGGUUGUUGGAAGCAUGGCGGGCUUGUUCUCACAAGAAGAUCGUUGCGGCUUCGGCAGUCACAGCCUUUUGGAACCUCAGCUGCAUUAGAACACGAAUAUUUGCAGCUUUCAUAUUUUUGGUGGUACUUCGAUGCUUCAGACAACAUUCAGAAGCAAAAGUGGAAGAAGUAAUGGAAGAACAAGAGGUGCAGCAGAAGGCCUUAGUUGUCGUAUGAAGAAGACAAAAGAAGUUGGCUUCAAAUAACAAUCUAAACAUUGGUUGUUCAGAGGGACAAAUCCCAUGUCGCUGCAAGUCAAGGGCGAGCUGUGGUUCAUGUGGCCUAGCCCGGCGCCAAUGAGCCAUCCACAAAAAAACUUUUAGAGGAAUGGAUUUUCUUUAUGAAAGGGAUAUUUGUACGAUUAUAGUAUCAGUAUAAUUUUAGUUGUACAAUAAAAUCACUUUUCACUUCAUGCAUUCGAUGAAUUUAUAUUACUAUGAAGAUUUGAAAUUGCAAGUGAAUUAAACUUUCAUAGAACAAACAAACCAAACAACUAUGAACAGGACAAGCCCACAACAUUUGAUAAAAAAUGGGGCAUAUAUAUAGAACCAAAGCAGUUCUUAUUUUUUGUAGACAAAAUAACAAUCCAAAGAAGAUAUACAUAAUCAAUCAAUCAAGUCUGUGUACGUAUCUCACAAUAUAUAUGAGAUCAAAUAUGAACUAUCAGAAAACAUCUAUCGGCCCCCUCAGAAGCAAGCAUCCAGCAUACAGCAGCAACACAGUGCAGCACAACUGUCCAAAACAGAAGAUUCAUCCAUAAACAUCAGGUGUAUGAGAGAGAGAGAGAGAGAGAGAGAGAGAACUGACCAUCCCUUCCAGAAGCCGUCGCCCCUAGACUGAGUAGCGGCAGGAGGGUGGUUGAGGUUGGCCGGAGCUUGGCC